AAAUAGACAAAAGUACAAUACAAUUAUUAUACCAAUUUCAAUUUAUCUUGUAAAAUCUUUUGUAAUUAUUUGUUAUACGUUAAUUUAUUAUCUGAGGUAAAUGUGUUUUUAAUAAGCUAUAAUUGUAUUCUUAAAAAUCUUACUAUAAUUCUAAAUAAUUGGUGUAAUAUUGCAGAUCGUCUAAGGAAGUAGUCAAACUGGAUUGAACUGUAAUAAUGGAUUCUGAUUCGGCCGAUGCAAACUUUUGCCGGUUUUGCCGUUCGGAGGCCUCAUCUGAUCGACCUUUAUUCCACCCGUGCAUCUGCACGGGCUCCAUAAAAUGGAUACAUCAAGAAUGUCUAGUACAAUGGAUGCGAUACUCGCGGAAGGAAAUUUGCGAAUUGUGCGGCCAUCGUUUCUCAUUUAUGCCGAUCUAUUCUCCGGAUAUGCCGCGAAGAUUGCCAAUCCGGGACGUGGUCGGCGGCCUUGUAACAUCCGUAGCCUCUGCAGUUAAGGACUGGCUGCAUUACACUCUCGUUGCCCUUGCUUGGCUUGGAAUCGUCCCCCUGACCGCCUGCAGAACCUAUAGGUGUCUAUUUUCGGGUUCUCUAGAACCAGUGAUAUCUUUGCCAUUUGACAUUGUGUCUGCUGAAAACCUUGCUAAGGAUGUUUUCUCUGGUUGCUUUGUUGUGACUUGCACUCUGUUCUCAUUCAUCGGUCUGGUCUGGCUGAGAGAGCAGAUCAUGCAUGGAGGUGGCCCAGACUGGAUGGAAAGGGAGAACUUACCUCCACCUGAAAAUGUUGUACCUUUACCUAACAACAACAAUGAGCGGGUGAAUGAAGCAGCAGAGGAUGCUCCUAGAGAUGAGAAUGGAGAAGGUGUGGAAGACCCUUUGGUUGGAGAUGAGGCAAAUUGGAAUCCUAUGGAAUGGGACCGUGCUGCAGCUGAAGAACUAACAUGGGCUCGAUUGUUAGGCUUAGAUGGGUCUAUGGUGUUUUUAGAACAUGUUUUCUGGGUUGUGUCUUUGAACACACUGUUUAUAGUGGUGUUUGCUUUCUGUCCAUACCACUUUGGAAGAUUUGGUGCAGCAUUAGCUGGGUUCACAGCAGAAGGCCCUUUUGCUGGCCCACUGACAGCUCUGGCAGGUUAUUUGUUAGUGGGUACUAUUUUGGCAGUUUUUCAUGGAUUCGCCUCAUUGUUCCGAUUGAGAGGUUUAAAGAAAGCUCUGGGAUUCUGUUAUGUUGUAGUGAAAGUGGCUCUACUCUCUGUUGUGGAGAUCGGAGUAAUCCCACUAGUAUGUGGUUGGUGGCUAGACUUAUGCUCCCUUUCAAUGUUUGAUGCAACACUCAAAGACAGAGAGGCAAGUCUGCAGGCAGCACCUUGGACUCUUAUGUUCAUCCACUGGCUCGUUGGGAUGGUCUAUGUCUAUUACUUUGCAUCAUUUAUCCUUCUACUUAGAGAAGUUUUAAGGCCAGGAGUGCUAUGGUUCUUGAAGAACUUGAAUGACCCAGACUUUAGUCCUGUGCAGGAAAUGAUACAUCUAUCGGUGUGGUCCCACAUUCGUCGUCUUGUGGUGUCCGCUAUGAUUUUCGGCACUGCUGUUCUGUUUAUGUUAUGGCUACCAAUCAGAUUGAUUAAGUAUGUCCUACCCGGAUUCCUGCCAUACGCGGUAGCAGUUCAUACGGAAGCUCCUGUUAAUGAGUUGAGCUUGGAAUUGCUCUUAUUACAGGUGAUUUUGCCCGCGCUGCUGGAGCAGUCGCACACGCGCACAUGGCUGAAGGCAGCGCUGCGGGCGUGGUGCGCGGCCGCGGCCGGAGCGCUAGGACUGCGUUCGUACCUGCUGGGCGAGCGCAGUGCUGCGCCGCGCCGACACGCGCGCCACCAGCCACCGCCGCCGCUGCAGCUCGGUGCCGCUCACCAGGCGCUGAUGCGGCGCGAUGGACCUGCCGGGUUCGAGCCGUACGUGCGUGCGGCGUGGUUCCCAUUACGGCUGGCGGCGCUGCUCGCGCUCGUUGCAGUCUCUCUCGUGCUCGCCAGUGCUAUGACGCUCGUAAUACCUGUUGCUAUUGGAAGAAAAGUUAUGGCUUUAUGGUUACCCAAGGCAUCGGAUGGGGUGCAUGAAUUGUAUACAGCUGCCUGUGGUAUGUACGCGUGCUGGGCGCUGGGACGCGGCGGCGGGCUGGCCGCAGGGUGGGCGCGCGGCGGGCGGGCGGCGCUGGCGGCGCGUGCUGCGCUGUGGGCGCGGCGGGCUGCGCGCGCUGCUCUGGCCGCGCUCGCGCUGCUCGGGGUCGUGCCGCUCAUGUUCGGGAUGCUGCUCGAGCUGGUAUUGGUCAUCCCGCUGCGCGUGCCGCUGGAGCAGUCGCCGGUGCUGUUCGUGUGGCAGGACUGGGCGCUGGGCGUGCUGUACACUAAAAUAGUGUGCGCGCUCACCAUGAUGGGCCCCGACUGGUCGAUGCGUCGCGCCAUCGAGAAGGCGUACCGCGACGGCAUCCGUGAGAUGGAUCUCAAGUUCAUCCUGCGGUCGGUGGCAGCGCCGAUCGUGUGCUGGCUGGGGCUGGCGCUGGCCGUGCCGUACGUGUUCGCGCACAGCGUGGCGCCGCUGGUGGUGACGUCACCGGCGCAGCGGAAUCUGUUAGCGCGUCGUGUCUACCCCGCACUGCUGCUCGUAGCGCUCCUCGCAGCGCUCACCACCUUCCAGGUCCGGCAAUUCCGGAAGUUAUACGAACACAUAAAGAAUGACAAGUACCUCGUUGGACAGCGGCUGGUCAAUUACGAUCACCGACGGCAUAAGCAGGCCAGCGCGGUCACCAACUAGACACCGGCGGUACACAUACGUGUGAGAGAGAGGCUAACUGUUUAAGAGGCCCUCCAUACUCAGAAUCGCAGUUGUGAUUGCAAUAAAAUAUAAUACUAUCUUUGUUUUAUAUAAAACAUGAUUCUCGAGUGGUAUCCCCAUCCAAAUAGAGCGACCAACUUAAUUUUAUUGUGCGGAGGCAACUGAUAAGGAUGAUGUUUGACCCUAUGAUUUAUGAGCGAGGCCUAUUGUGGAAUGAUUUUGAUGAGUGAAAUGAUGAAGAGCCUAGUGGCACAAUCUAGGAAUUUCCCACCUCACUAUUCCUGAGUCUGAUUGUUUGUAUCAGCCUGGUUGUUUUUCUACAUAUAUUAUGAAUGUAUUUUAAAAAUUAUUCAAAUAUAUCCGUCUAUAAGUUGUACUCAUAGUAGAAACUCUGCUUAGUUUGUGGCUAAAUGGCUCUGUGUGAGUUAUCUCAGUAUAGUUAUAUAUUUAAAUAAUACUUUCGCCCUUGACUUUGCUAAUACUUUCGUAUACGCUAUCUGUUGUUUAUUAUUAAAUGACAGCCCUAAAGUUGACAUAUCUACUCCGCCAUCCAUUAUUUAUUAAGUAAUAAAAUAAUAUUAAAAAAAUAUUCACAAGUCACUGCUUUUUAGGGAUAUUUUUCUUAACUUUCUUUAACAUAUUACCCAAUACAGCGUGUUCUAUGAAUAUUUAAUACUAAUUCCUCUAUCUGUUUUCACGUGAAACUAACUUACAAAAUGUUUAUUUCUUCGUCACUAUUAUUUUAUAUGUAAAAAUUUUUUUUAUUGAAAUAAAUUAGUUUAUUUAGUUUCAAUAAAUAUAUGAAAUUAUAUUGAAAAUCACCUGUCUAUCUUUGUUGUGUUGUGGAUGAUUUAUGAACGAUGACAAAUUGUUUACAAUGUCAGAUAAGUGAUAAAAAUAAAGGAAAAGAUUGACCUAAAAUAUUAAGAAAGCACUGUGUUGAAUGUGAGGUGUAUGACAGAGAGAAAAUAUGAGAAGAGUGAAGAGAUCAGUGGAGUAAGAAAACAUACCGCCUCAACCC